AUGGGGGCGGGGCCCAGCACACAGUUAUUAAACGUUUACUACGAGCCCGUUGCUGGGUACUGGUUUCCAUGUAUACCCACGACUGUCCUAGGUUCCCAUUACAGAAAGGACCCAUACCUGGGGACACCUGUUGCCAGGUGCGCCUGCUCUGGGCAUUGUACGGAAACUGUGUGCGUCUCAGGUGUGCUGCCUGUCUCUGUCCCUGUGGUUUCCCGCAUCUGCGUGUCCGUGUUGGGGGCGCUCAGGGGUCUGGGACCACCUUCAUCGCUGUCGCGACCGCUGCGCCACCCUCUCCCCCAUGGACACGAGGGGGCGCUGCAGCCUCGCUGUCACCCCAGCCGGGGGCUCCGGGUCCCGCCGCAAGCUCCAGCGUCCCAACAGGGAUGGAGUGAGUGCACGCACCCCCCGCCUGUCCCCAACCCGGAUCAGCAGGUCUCUGCUCCUCUGGUGGGCCUAAAGCCAUGGAGGGAGCACUGCCCACCUGGACCCAAGCCUCCAGUCCAGACUGCAUGCCUUGGCAGCCACACCUGUCCACACAGCCCACCCGACCCUCCACUGAGUCUUGCGCCUGCCCAGCCUGGGGCUAACCUUGGACCAGAAGUUUUGGCCUGCAUGCUCCCCACCUGGCAGAGCCUGCUCCUGGUCACACCGACCGCUGCCUUCUCUGAACGGACUCCUGGUCACAACCAACCUUGCUCCCCUCCUCCAAGCCCCUAGCUCCUCGCAGCCCCCUUGCCAACCACCCCGCAAUGAACCCGAGGCCGCCUUCACACAGUGCCCCAUCUGUUCCUCCUCAGGCCUCUCCUCUAGGCCCAGGCUGAAGGCCUAGCCAUUGAGCCACCUGAAUGUUCUGCUCCCUGGGGGCCACUCAAUCCCCAGCCACAGACUUGGGGGAUCGCCCCUUUCGGGUCCUCGCCUCGGCGUCUUCCUCCCACCUUUGGUUUUCUCUCCCCCAACUAACUUGGCAGCUGCCCCCCCACACACAAAAAUACACCUGCUUGCACGUCUCCAGGUCGUUGCGCACGCUGUCUCCCACCUAGGGGCACCCCUUCCCUCUUCCAACGCUUGGCAAACUCCUAUUCCUUUGGCAAAACCUCAGGCCAAGUGCUCUCCUCCCGCUCGCCUUCCUGCGCUCCCCCCGCCCGGGGGCUGCAUGCUCCCCCAAUCCGGAGGUCGCGUCACCGAGUCGAGGAGGAGGGGGCAGCAGACAAUGCCUGGACGUGGAAGGAGGGGUGCGAGCGAACGCGCCGGUGCGGGGGUCCACGUGCAGCGCCCCCCGCUAC